AUGCAACUGCGGAGAGACUCGAGGAAGUCAGGCUUGCUUCUCAAGCUUGUCGCCAUGGAGGAGGACUCAGCCACGGCGCAGAGCGUGAUGCGCGGCAUUGACCGCGCGGCCGAGCGCCUGGGCCUGGAUCGCCCCAACCUGGGCCUGGACAAGCAGUUGGUGCGCAUUCUGCUGCUGCUCGGGGCCUUUGUGUUCCUGCUGCAGAUCCGGCCGCAGCAGCCGAAUGCAGUCCAGUAUCUGAAGCCCCACUCCACAUACUCUCGGAGCGCAUACCUGGCGGCGCACGCCCCCGCCCCUGCUCCAGUAGAGGCCUACAGGAAGGGGUAUGCCCUCAAUGUGGCCGACGACCACGCGUACACUGCCACUGAUGGGGUGGUGUAUAUGCCCGACGGGUUUUACACACAGGAGAACGCGCAGUACACGACCGCCAACUGGACCAGUGUGCGGUUGACCGAAGGGGACGUGAACAACACGGCGGACCCGCAGCUGUACUGGACAGAGCGGUGGGGCGCGUUCAACUACACGCUGCCGUACCUGGAGAACGGCCUGUAUGAGGUGUCCAUUGACAUGGCCGAGAGCUGGUGGCAGGAGCCCAAGGACCGCGGCUUCUACAUCCAGGUCCAGGAUAACCCCGUGGAGGGGCCCAUCGACCUGGUCGAGCGCGCGGGGGGCCGCCUGACUGCAUACACGUACACCGCCAAGACGGCGGUGGCGGAUCACCACCUGCUCAUCCAGUUCCUGCACGCCGCGCCAGAGGACGGCUUCAAGGACGACGGGGGGCUCGCCAACGCCAUCCGCGUCACGCAGCUGGCCCCGGAGGCCAUCGCCGCCCCACCGCCCGCAAACACAACGGGGGGUUUCCUCCAGCGGAUCGCUCCUCCCCAGGUGGUGGACUCGCGCAACUUCCCCGUCAGCAUCUUCACCGUGUUGCUCUUCGCCGUGGCGGCUGCGCCUGCCGCCGAAUACUUCAGCUACAAGUCGGUCAUCAUUGUCGGGGCGGUGGCGGCUAUCUUCACGCAGGUCAUCGUCAUGUACGGCACGUCCUUCCUCACCGACGCCCUCAUGCAGCUGACGUAUGGGCUGUCGUUUGCGGGCGCGCUGGCGUUUGCGGCGUUCCUGUACCUGCUGGUGGCGGAGGGCAACUUCCAGCUCAUCACCAGCGUGGCCAUCGGGGCGCACCUCGCAGCCGUCAUCAUGGCCACCGCGCUCACUAGCAUCUUGCGGGGAAUCGGCAUCCCUACCCUGCUCCUACUUUUCAUCUCGUUAGCACCGGUGACGUUGGCGGCCAUUCUGGCGUGCGUGUUCCCGCGCGAGCCCAACAGCCACCUGUCCAGCAACACGUCGCUCCUCAAGCUGACCGACCCGGAGGAGGGGCCCCUUGCGGCGCUUAAAGAGACGUACCAAAACCGGAACCUGCGCCUCCUCUCAGUCUGGUGGGUGCUGGGCGGCGCGGUGGGCCCGCUGAUCCAGGCGCAUGCGAGCGAGCUGUUCAGCCACUACAGCGUGGAGGACGGCGGCCCCGCCUACUCGGGCUACCGCGCGCAGUCGCUCGUGUACGUGCUGGCCAACGCGGCCGCCCUGCUCGCCGUGCUCAGCCUCAUCCGCUUCAACCGCCUCGCCGCGUCCGCUGGCGGCGGCGUCUACAUCGUCGGCUCGCUUGUGAUUGGCGUUUGUUCGCUGCUCCUCUCGCGGACGGGCAGCACGGGGUUCGCCUACUUUUUGUUCACGGUCGUGACGGCGCUGUCGUGGGCGCUGUACGCGCUGGUGGUGGCGCAGUCCGCGCUGGCGCUGCGCACGGCGCGCUACAUCCUGCUCUUUGCCACCAACACGGCCGGCCAGCUGGUUGUGCAGGGCAUCUUCCAGAUCUACACCGCGCGGAGCGACCACGCGCUGGUGCCGGGCAAGUUUUUGGCGUUUGGCGUGUUUGAGCUGGUGGUGGCGGUCGUGUUCGGCGUGCUGUACUACCUGCUGACGCGCGAGACGGGGCGCGUUGCGAUUGUGGUGCUGCCGGACCAGGACCAGGCGUACAGCCGCAUCAACGAGGACCAGCCACAAAAGUUUGGCAUGGACUUGGAGCUCUCGCGCGACUUUCCUGUGCAAACUGCACUCAACGACCAUGUAGAACAAAUUAAGCGGAUUUCCGGGAUGGAUGAGGACGAGUACGACGGCGAGGAAGAGCACACCGGUCCUCAGGAUUCAAGCCACGUCUAGAAAGCUAGUAGUCUCGAGUCUAGAAAGUGUAAACGUCUGGUCUGUGUCAGCAAAUCGGCUAACACUAUUCGAUGGUUGGUCUGACCUCACUCAUCACUUGCUUGUACGCUAAAAGCUUGUAAACUGAAUGCAUACAACUCGGAAUUGUUUGCAUC